AUGAGCAGGCCAAGCUCGCGAGGAUCAUCCGUGAGACCCAAGUCGUCAGCUUCCAACGGUGCGACCGCGCCUAUCCCCUUCACACCGAGGCACAAGAGCCGACACGCAUCGUCUGAUACUCAAGCGGCGCGCGAGCAACUCGAGAUCAAGCAGGCCUUGGCAAGUGCACGCAAGUAUACUCGCUCGGCCGAAGCAGAGGAUGAUGACGACGAGGAUUUCUAUGACGAUCAGCUCAAGCCCGUUCGUCUCGUGCCCUUUGGCACUUACCUCGCCAAUUCGAGGGCAUUGGUCGAAGCGCCUCUGAACACGCGCGUACCUCAGGCCGUACCGCGCUGUCUGCGUCCAAAGCAACACGCCCUGAGCAACGGCGACGCUCGCCAUGGUCUAGCACCGCCUGCCGUCAUAAGCGCGACUGCUGCCAUCGCCACACCUGCCGUUGACCUUACUCGAGUAGAUGUCAAGACACAAGAAGCGCUACUCGUCGAAGACUUGCUCUUCAUCCUUGUCGGUAUCGAGGGCGAGAUCAUCACAUAUUCCAAGGAAUAUGCCUCUGAUGAAGGCUACGAUCCCGAGCGAGAAACGAUUGCCUUGCAUGAGACGCUUAACCAUUCACUGGCGAUGCUCGUGAGACGUGUGUUACCACUCGCUGGGUACUAUACAGCCAUCGAAGCGUUUGUACAGUCCUUCAGCCGGGCCGAACAUGGCGCAGUCAGCCAUGCGCUAUGUGCAGGCAUACGAGACGUCUUGCAGGACUAUACGAGCGUCAUCAGCGCACUUGAAGAUCGCUAUCAACACGAUCCCAACUUCACUCUACAACGACUGCUCUUCUACGUUCGCCCGAUGCAGCACAAGCUCGGCCUGAUCCAAUUUCUGAUUGACGAGCUCAGAACGGAGCCACAGAACACCGACGACGAUGUCAUAGACGAGGACGAUCUGACUGUCCUCACACCGCGACUCAAGUGGCAAUCAGCUGGACCGGUGCGCGGGGGCGAAGUGAUCGCAGUCAUCGAAGAAUUCAUUGCGCGCUACUCCGGUGAUCCUGAGGCACAAGACCUGUACACUUCCCUCCUUCGCAAGUCAUCCAGACCUUACGCCGCACUCUUACUUGCCUGGAUCACGAGCGGCGAGCUGCUUGAUGCAUACGACGAGUUCAUGAUCAGGGACAACAAGCUCAUUGACGUUUCAGCCUUUGACACAGAGCUCAGCCACGAUGCCUGGACGCUCAAGUAUACCCUCAAAGACACAUCGCUGAUCGCUGCGCCAACGUCGGAGGCGAUGACUGGCGUUCCUGCGAGUCGACGUAACAUCAGAUGUGCUGGCAGAGGCGGGGGAGGCAUUAUCCCUGCGUGCCUGCAGAGCAGAAAGGACAAGAUCUUGCAAACGGGCAAAUAUAUCAAUGUGUUACGCCGCUGCGGCAAAGCUGCCUCUGUAGGACCGCUGCAGGCUGUGCAGGACGGGACGAAUCUGCUCAUCACUGACAGAGGCUAUCUCGCUAUGAUCGAUGCGGCGUGUCUAAGGGCGAAUGAGGAGCUACUACGGGUGCUGAUGACGGACUACGACCUUCCUCUGCAUCUCCGCGUACUCAAACAGAACUUCCUAAUCGAUCGAGGCGAUGCCUUUACUCACUUCCUCGACAUUGCGCAGACGGAAUUGGAUAAGCGCGCGACGAGGGUCGACUUGCCGCGCCUGCAAUCGCUAUACGAGAUUGCCAUACGCACAUCAUUAUAUGUCGUCGCCAACGAGCAACACAAGGACGAGGUACUUCUGCAGCUCGAGUCCGAGACCAUGAUCGAGCGACAAUGUCGCGUGCUCGACACGUCUGAACCCGCGCCAGAUUUAAAUGCGGAAUCAUCUGCUGCCCGACCGAAAACCUAUAAGGGCUUCGAAGUCCUGUCGAUGAAUUACAAGGUCGCCUUUCCACUCUCGAUAGUGCUGUCGCGAUCAUCUUUGCUGAAAUAUCAGCUGAUCUUCCGGCAUCUGCUCUCGCUGAAGCAUAUGGAGCGUUCUCUCAAUGACCUCUGGACGCGGCAUAGCAAGUCAAAAGUCUGGCAAGUCCGAUCCAAGCAUCUCGCACUCGAAGCCGCGCGCAAUCGCAUCUUUGCACUUCGCGCUCAGAUGUCAAUUUUCAUCCAACAGCUUCACAGCUUUGCAGUACACGAAGUUCUCGGACCGGGCACUGCGGAAUUGCAGAAGCAGCUUCAUGCGGCAACCGCUGUAGAGGACUUGCUGCAGACGCAUACGCGCUUUCUCGAAUCGUCCAUCAAGACACUGACGCUGACUCAUCCUCGGGUGCUCAAGACUGCAUCGAGACUCAUGCAGAUCAUUGAGCGCUUCUGUCAAGGCCACCCGAACAUUGAAGAGCAGCUUGACUUUUGUCAAACGCAGGCAUCAAAGCCGAACAUCGACGUAAACAUGAUCCCAAUUACCAAAUUCGAUGAAUAUGCUAGCGCAUUUGAGCAAAACUGGCAAGCCAGUCAAAGAACAUAUCGAGAUAAUGUUGCUUACAUCGCUUCAUCGGAGACAGUAUCACUGUUGCCACUCGCUCUGCGGCUGUCCAGCAUCACGCCCGAAUGA